GAGAGAGUAACGUGGGUGGGGGCAGGGAGGACAGGCGGCGUCGCGCGUGCAAGCUACGCCACACGGGGCCGGGAAGCUGGGAGCCGGAUCCCAGAGGGGGUCGUGGUGGCGGCGGUGAUAGGAGGGAGGCGGAGGAGGGGGUGCCAUGGCGGGGCAGCAGUUCCAAUACGAUGACAGCGGGAACACCUUCUUCUACUUCCUCACCUCCUUCGUGGGGCUCAUCGUGAUCCCGGCCACAUACUACCUCUGGCCCCGAGACCAGAAUGCCGAGCAAAUUCGAUUAAAGAAUAUCAGAAAAGUAUAUGGAAGAUGUAUGUGGUAUCGUUUACGAUUAUUAAAACCCCAGCCAAAUAUUAUUCCUACGGUAAAGAAAGUAGUUCUGCUUGCAGGAUGGGCAUUGUUCUUAUUCCUUGCAUACAAAGUUUCCAAAACAGACCGAGAAUAUCAAGAAUACAACCCUUACGAAGUAUUAAAUUUAGAUCCUGGGGCAACAGUGGCAGAAAUUAAGAAACAGUAUCGUUUGCUGUCACUUAAAUAUCAUCCAGAUAAAGGAGGUGAUGAAGUUAUGUUCAUGAGGAUAGCGAAAGCAUACGCAGCUUGCUGUCUUCAGGUUUUACUUGUAUAUGGAUUGGCAUUCAUGGUUAUCCUUCCUGUUGUUGUGGGCUCUUGGUGGUAUCGCUCAAUACGCUAUAGCGGAGAUCAGAUUCUAAUACGUACAACACAGAUUUAUACAUAUUUUGUUUAUAAAACACGAAAUAUGGAUAUGAAACGUCUUAUCAUGGUUUUAGCUGGAGCCUCUGAAUUUGAUCCUCAAUAUAAUAAAGAUGCCACAAGCAGACCAACAGAUAAUAUUCUAAUACCUCAGCUAAUCAGAGAAAUUGGCAGCAUUAAUUUAAAGAAGAAUGAGCCUCCACUUACCUGCCCAUAUAGCCUGAAGGCCAGAGUUCUUUUACUGUCUCAUCUUGCUAGAAUGAAAAUUCCUGAGACCCUUGAAGAAGAUCAACAAUUUAUGCUGAAAAAAUGCCCUGCCCUACUUCAAGAAAUGGUUAAUGUAAUCUGCCAACUAAUAAUAAUGGCCCGGAGCCGUGAAGAAAGGGAGUUUCGUGCUCCAACUUUGGCGUCCCUAGAAAACUGCAUGAAGCUGUCCCAGAUGGCCGUGCAAGGCCUUCAGCAGUUUAAGUCCCCCCUUCUGCAGCUCCCUCACAUUGAAGAGGACAAUCUUAGAAGGGUUUCUAAUCAUAAAAAGUACAAAAUUAAGACUAUCCAGGACUUGGUGAGUUUGAAAGAAUCAGACCGUCACAGUCUACUGCAUUUCCUUGAAGAGGAGAAGUAUGAAGAGGUCAUGGCUGUCCUCGGGAGUUUCCCUUAUGUGACUAUGGACAUAAAAUCUCAGGUAUUGGAUGAUGAAGACAGCAACAACAUCACAGUAGGAUCCCUAGUCACAGUGUUGGUUAAAUUGACAAGGCAAACAAUGGCAGAAGUAUUUGAAAAGGAACAGUCCAUCUGUGCUGCAGAGGAACAGCCAGCAGAAGAUGGGCUGGGUGACACUAACAAGAACAGGACAAAAGGAGGAUGGCAACAGAAGAGUAAAGGACCGAAGAAAACUGCUAAAUCAAAAAAAAAGAAACCUGUAAAAAAAAAACCUACACCUGUGUCCUUACCACCAUCAAAGCAACAGAAACAAAAGCAGGCAAAUGGAGUCAUUGGGAGUGAAGCUGCUGUAAAGGAAGAUGAAGAAGAAGUUUCUGAUAAAGGCAGUGAUUCUGAAGAAGAAGAAACCAAUAGAGACUCCCAAAGCGAAAAGGAGGAUGGCAGUGACAGAGACUCCGAUAGAGAGCAAGAUGAAAAGCAAAACAAAGAUGAUGAAGCAGAGUGGCAAGAAUUACAACAAAGUAUACAGCGAAAGGAGAGAGCUCUACUGGAAACCAAAUCAAAGAUAACACAUCCUGUUUAUAGUCUUUACUUCCCUGAGGUAGAACUUAAGUUUCCUGCACCAGGGAAGCCUGGAAAUUAUCAGUAUACAGUGUUUCUGAGAUCAGACUCCUAUAUGGGUUUGGAUCAGAUAAAACCUUUAAAGCUGGAAGUUCAUGAGGCUAAGCCUGUGCCAGAAAAUCACCCACAGUGGGACACGGCAGUAGAGGGGGAUGAAGACCAGGAAGACAGCGAGGGCUUUGAAGAUAGCUUUGAGGAAGAGGAAGAAGAGGAGGAAGAUGAUGACUAAGCAGUACUACAAACGGACCACAAUGUUUUCACAUUUUCACUGUUUUGGAAGUGUAUAAUAAACCAGAAACAGUGUAGAACUGAUGUUGAGGAAGGUGUUCUUUACUAGAAAUGGGUGCAUAAUAUAACUGGGCAGUGCUGGUGCCUUGGUACAGUCUGAAAAAUGCUUGUGGCUUGUUAAAGCCUUUCAAGUAUGGGAUGGUGCAUUAAUUUCAUCUGCAAAUGAUAAUAAACCGUUUGUUAUAACUGUCUGGAAGUGUGGGCUAUGUAUUAUCUGAUCAAUUUAUGGUCCCAGUAAAAGUAAAGGUACAUGAAAAACAGUCUAUAAAUGAGCAACUUUUAUUUGUUCAGCUUUAUUUUUAGCAAACAUCAAAGUAUGAUAAACACCACAAAUAUGUGUUAAGUAACAUCUCAAAUUUUAAUCUUGAUAAGCUCUAUCAUUCACUUACUGACAUUUGCAGUGAUACAAGACUAUUUAUAACAGCUCCAUUCAUAGCUUUCAGCCCGUUAUUUUUACCUAUCUUGGUCAUAAGUUGGCAUUCUCUCACAUUCCACAUAAUAUAGAGGGCUACAUUUUGGGAUUUUCCUUUCUUAAUUGCCCAGAGUUAGACAGAUUGUAAAAAUGGCUUUUAAUGGCUUAAAACAUUUUUAAGCCUGUAUUUUAGCAGAUCAGUGCAAGAUCUAAUUCUUUUUAUAAGCUAUAGAUCUAAAAAUGAUUGUGGGACCAUAUGUUCUCUGAUGUUGGUGACUUAUGUUAUUAAACCUUUUUAAAAAGGUUCACUAUGAAAGCCGAAACACAUUCUUAGCUUUUAAUCUACCUGACUCUAUCAGAAGCCUUUUAAGGAGAAAAAUAUAUAACAUGCAAAGGAGGCAUUUUUUUGUAUUCAUUUUGGACUCCUGUCAAUAAAAUAGAAGUUUGACUCAU